GACACACCAGCAGGCACUGCUGGCCAGGCGGCGGGACUCAGAGGGCCUCCAACAGAGUGCCACAAUGCUCAUCUCUGCUGCCUCGACGCCCCCUGAAGCGGUGGGCCUGUGCCUCCAGGGGCCCCCUGCGCCCCCACCGCCCCUGCUACCGAAGCCCGGCAAGGACAACCUGGUUCUGCAGAAGCUUCUGAGAAAGGCGGCCCGGAAAAAGGGGGCCGGGGGAGGGCCCUCGGCCCCCACAGGGGCGUUCCGCACCUCCCUGUCCCCCGUGAGCGAGGCCAGCCACGACCAAGAGCCCACAGCCCCACACCCCGCCCAGGCCCCAAGCACGGCUGCCACCCUGCCCCGCGCCCCCCACGCCCCCGUCACCCGCCGUGUGCCCUCACCCCUGCAGAAGUCCACGCUCGCCCUCAGCUUCCCCCUGCACAGGAGCCGAACCUCUCCCCUCACGGCCCCGGGGCCCCUGCUCACAACCCCGGCCCCGGCCCGGGGACCCAGCGGCUUUGCCCGUGUCUCAGCACCCGCGGUGGGGGACACCCACAUCAGCCGGGUGCACAUCCAGCUGGUGCCAUCCCCGGGGGCCGGGGCCCCUGAGCCUCCCCCGAUGGCACCUGAUGGGGGGUCUGGCGGCCAGGACCGAGACACAGCCCCUUGCCCUCCUGGAGCCCAGCCCCGGGUCCCGGUUGCCCACAUCCGCCCUCUUCCUACUGGGGCCCAGGCGGCCAAGCCCUGGCCAGAGGCGGCCCCUGUGCCCAGGCCACCCCCUGGCUUCCUGGCUGCGGGGCCCAGACAGGCCAGCACCCGGGUCGUGGUGCCCAUAGCGCCUACCUAUCGCUCGCCGGGGCCCUCGCCUGCUAGGCCGGCCCCUGUGGACCCCGAGGCUGAGCACCUGGAGGAGCCCCCCACUGCUGGCCCCACCGCAGAGCCCCAGCAGGUAUCCAGCCCUCAAGGGGCCUGGUUGCCCGCCUCAACCUCAGGCCCCCACGCCUGCCCUGUCCCCAAAGUUGCGCCCAAGCCCCGGCUCAGUGGGUGGACGCGCCUCAAGAAGCAGCUGAUGGAGGAGGUGGAGGAGGCCCCGUUCCUGAGGCUGGAGCGGAGCCCCGAGCAGAUGGAGCAGGAGAAGACGGCCCCCGCCGACCCAGCCCCCCAGUCCCUCGCCGACCCAGACCCCCGGCCUCCCACUGACCCGGCCCUCCCACCUCCCGUGGACUUGGCCCCUCAGUCGUCCGUGGACCCGGCGCCUCGGCCCCCCGCCUCCCGGGCCUCCAAGCUGUGGGAUGCGGUUCUGUACCGCAUGUCAGUGGCCGAGUCCCACAACAGCCAGGCGGGGCCUGGGGAUUGGCUGUGCGCCCCGCCCGGCCUGGGCCGCCUGCCCUUUCUGUGCCGACCGCGCUUCAACGCCCGGAAGCUGCAGGAGGUGGCCGCCCGGCCCCCUCCCACCAUCCACUCCGUCCUGGAGCUGAGCCCCCCGCCCAAGAACUUCAACCGCACCGCGGCCGGCUGGAGGCUCCGGUGAAUGGCCGGCUGGGGCGGCCCCAGGCCUAGGACCAUGCUGGACAGGAGGGGCCACAGCCAGUGAAGAGGCUGCAUGGACCUGGGAAGGGCCCGGGGGCGGCGGGGCUGUCAGGAGGGACAGGGGCAUGAGGAUGGGGAAGU